ACAAAUAUACUAAAAAAAUAUCGCAUUAGCCGAGCCGAGCCGAGCCGUGUGAAUUUUUUUUAUUAAUUUUUUACUGUUUAUUUUCUGCCCUCCCUCGUUUAUAUAUCUCUCGCCUUCCUCACUGUCUAACCAUCGCCCUUUCUCUUCACAAACCAUCAUUUUUAACUCUCCUAUCUGUUCUUUUAAUCUCUGCUGCUCUAUUCAUCUUCCUUAUAUGGCGGACGUCUCCAGGAACAGAACCUCCGCCUCUGUCCCUUCUACAUCGCAGCCCAGCCGUCUUCAGAGCCGGCGACCGGCGUCCUUGCAGAUCAAUCCCCCCUCUUCCUCCUGCUGGAACGCAGCCAUCCCUCUUCUGUCUCCUCUUGCUACUUCACCUGUCGCGAUUGAUCGGAUGGCAGAAAUGAAAUCGCGAGAGGAUCACCAGCAGCCGUCUCAGCGUCGAAAUCAGAGAUCGGAGCCGGAGAAGGUUGCAGUGUUCAAGAAGUGGCAGCACCUGGCAGCUCCUUUCUGUUGCGAGCCGCCCUCUUUUGCCCCUAAGUUUUUUGUGCCUGUAUAGAUAUGGGAAGGAAAGGAGCGUUUAAAAUUUAGGGGUUUUAUAGAUCUUCAUCUAGUAAUUGUAUACAAAGCUUGGAUUUUGUGUUCAUACGAUUAAUGCUAAUCAUUUUUUUUUUCCUUAA